GCUACCUUCUUGCAAACUGAAGAGACCCUGUAGAGGCACUACGUCCUCCACUAAUUAUAUAGAGGAGGUCACGCCUGCAGGGCGGCAUGCAAGAAGCGAUGCAUACUCACGUCUAUGGCCCUGGUCAAAUUGUGCUGGCACUGCAGAAGAACGGACAAGCAGUAUCCUCGAUCUUGGCAGCGACCUUGGGCUUGCUUCUUUUCAUCGCAGCAUACAAGAGAACGCUCGACCCUCUGUUCGGAAGCACACUGACAGAACGGUACUUGGACCUCGUCGUCCACACAAUUCAUCGUUUAAUCCUGGGUCUCGCGGUACUGGUUCAAAUCGCCCCUCACACUACAUACUGGGUCGGGAUUUAUGCCGCUAGGUAUGGUGACCCAGCAAUCGGUCCUCUCACCUGCCACAUACUGGUUCUGGCACCGGUGGUACACCUCUCAGUGUCUCUAAUUAUGUACUUUGGUCUCCGGUUUGUUGUCAUGUUUGGACUGGCGAGAAGCGUUCUGCAAUCGUAUUCAAUCGCUGAGCUGACAGUUCACAAGCUCUCCCUGGAGCCUCGAAAAGACUACAUCUUCUUGUUUCUAGGAAUUCUCGCAUACGCUGGGUGGAUGGGGUUCUGUUCAGCGGAAGACAUGCAUAGGUUCAUGCACAACGGCCAUCAAGUUCUCACCACCUUUCUUUUUUUUCCUGCCAUGCGAACGCCUACGUUAUCCGAAUUUGAGGAGUUUCCCUAUCACAGUGUUCAAUAUCCCCUGCGCAUACUUUCUUCUCAAGAAUCUAUAACCGGAAUGAUUGUUGUUGGGGAAUUGCUUGAUACGUUGAAGGACACUGUCCCGGAUGCAUUACACUCCCUACGUUAUCUCCGGGCAUCCCAUUCGUUAUUGGGAGGUGUUUGGACCGGCGAAGCGAUUGUCACUAUGGGAAAUGUUCCACCUCGUACGGACGAGUUGGGGACACACCUUGGAGACUCCAUAUAUAGCGCAUUCGUCCUUCAAGAGGCAGUACGACUCAUCAAUGGUACAUCUGAAUGCCCCGGCGGCCAUUGCGAGAAAGCGCUUGUAAUAGGUGUUGGAGCUGGUGUAAUAGAUCCAGCGGUUUAUUACGCCGCGAGGAGAUACUUUGGCUUGAAACAUCCAGGUGAUGACAACGUAUUUCUUGAGGACGCGCGUGGCUGGCUCCAACGACGUGUUGCUACCCUGUUAGCAUCCCCAAGUAAUCCUUCGAAAUUCGACAUGGUUGUCCAUGAUUGCUUCUCUGGAGGCGGAGUGCCAGGGCACCUUUACACUAUUGAAUUCUGGAAUGAGUUGAAAGAGAUCAUGACUUCCAGGGGUGUCAUUGCUGUUAAUUUUGCAGGGAAACUCGGGUCAAUGUCGUCGAGGGCUGUAGCGACUACUUUGUUCAAGGCAUUUGGACAAUGCAGGGCAUUCCAUGAUCACCUUGGUGCGAUUCCGGACCAGCACCUUCAUGAUGAAUUUGUCAAUAUAGUGUUCUUUUGUUCAAAGUCUGCAUCGCCGUUGGCGUUCCGCCCCUCGGUGGAGGGAGACUAUCUUCACUCUUACUUGCGCCGCCAUGUCCUGUCAGACCUAGAACGAAGAGAACUUCCAAUCUCCAUAGUUAGGAAUGCCAGCGUGUGGUCUGAAGAAGCGGAAGAAGUGUUCUUACUUACAGACAAAAACAACAAACUAAAUGAAUGGCAGCGUGCCGAUGCAGCGGAACAUUGGAGAAUAAUGAGGAAGGUAAUGCCAGAUAUCGUUUGGGAGACAUUUUGAUAGAUACACGUCCACAUCUGCGAAGGGACGAACAGUCAUGUAUGUAGCUACGUACUAUCAGCGGAGACGUGGCUACACAUUGCUAUCUCAUCUCUAAAACACCCAAGCAAGCGCCCAGACUCAAGUCAG